CCCUUGUGGUUCUCCUUGCUCGCCCUUAAAACCCUGACGUCAGACCUCGAUUUUUGCCGAUCAUUAAUAAAGAUAGAAUUAUAUGCAAUGCAUAGACUUCCUUGCCUUCUAAUGCAUAUGCAAAGUGACACUGCGAAGCGAGGUCGAUUCAUAAACUAGAAUUACGGCAUUUAUUCAGUUCCGCUUUCUUUAAUAAGAUGAUGAAAGAAUACAAUCCAGUAAAAACGCAAAAACAAUGAGCAAGCGUGACUCGGGGGCAUCAUCGUCGAGUUCAGCUAAGAAGAGCCCUCUUCGAGCUUCAUCGACAGCUUGCAAAAGUCCUCCUCAAGCAAGCGGAGAGGAUGACUUGGAUGCCAGAGUGGCGACAGCGCGACAGAAUCUUCAGAGCAUGAUGGGCGACCUGAAACAGACACGCGAGGGCGUCCGCACAGCUCAAGAAAGAGGCAAGAAUAUGGGCACUGUUAAGGCUUAAAUACAUAGUAGAAUUCUUCAUCUGAAGAAGCAUCUUUAAGCGCUUUCCCAAGGGGAAAACACGUCCAAGAUGAAUAGAAGUGAGCUCUAACACUGCUAGCGCAGAGCUUGAUGCGAAGUGGAAGGCGUUCCAAACCCAAUUCGACGAUAUGAAUCGCCGACUCAUCGGUGCAAUAGGCGGAUCACUGCAGCAAGAAAGCGGAAUAGUUCUGCCGAUCGCACCAUCCAGCAACAAGGGUGUAAGAUUUUGAUUUUUUUGUUUGCGUGAUAUAUACAUAGAUACAUGUUGAUUCCUGUUGAUUCGAAUGUUGUUGAUGUUCCGUUGAAACUCUCCGACCUGCUGCUGGGUGACAGACCUGUCAAAAAAUGUUCGAGACACAGAGCCGUUCAUCAUCAGCGGAAUCAAAACAUCUUCCUACUUGAAAAAAAUACAAUUUCAGCAAAUUUUGUGAAAAAUCGCAUGAGCCAGUAGACGCGAUCCUUGAUGCAAUCUUUUCAGCCAUCGCGAUGAUGAAUUUACAACCUUCGCGAUGACCUUUCACGACCGAUCGCGAUCACUACGUGCCAACCUUCUAGGCCGUAUAACCGUCUAAGUACAACAAAAGUAGUCAUUUAGGGUUCGUUGUUCUUGUAAAGUAAGUAGCCCAGUAGUGCAUUGACUUCUAUUGAUGUAUGUUAAACCAGUCCGUAGCAGGAAACAUUUUGACUAAAUUGAAGUCGAAUCCGGUGUUUUUCUUUUUAUGACUUUUUCCUAUCCUCCUAUCAAAGAAAAGGAGAACCCGUCGAGUACCUAGUAGUUAGUAAAUAAUCGACGAGGAUCAGGACGACUACAUCAGCAUCUUACUCUUGCUAAUACAAUAAGUGCUGGGUCAGAAAUCAUUCGUCCACCUGUUCUUUUUUAGGUUGUUCCCGUCUUAGCCUCUACUAGUAAAAAAUGGCUGCUAGCGAUAGUGAUUAUGAUAGCGACGAUUCUGGCUUACCGUGGUAUCUUCAACAAUCAGAUACGAAGGAUGACUGGUGGCGUCAGUAUAGCGAGGAAGAGAGACAAGAAGUUUUCGAGGGGGCGGAGCCGAAUUUACCCGACUUGUGUCGCUUCAUAAAAACUGGCAAAAUCCAGAAAAUCGUGGUGAUGUGUGGCGCCGGAAUCUCAGUGUCCGCUGGCAUUCCAUUAUGAUUGGAUGGAAGAUAGUUCUUGAAGUAUUUGGACAAAAAGCACUUACCUUUUUUUUAUACCUGAAGCUAAACCUGUUGUAGCUAAUGUACCUACCGCUCCCGACAUAUCAUUAUAUCCUCUCAGUAACUCUAAAACAGUAGCUGUACAUCCCGAUAGUACCGCUAGUACCAACCAGAACCACUAAUUAUUGUAAUAAAUUUGUGACACAGCGGAAACUUCUCUCUAGUACACUGGCGACUUUCUUCUAAUACCUGACUUUCGUUCCAAAGGCGGCUUGUACGAGAAGUUGAGGCGCGAACACGGUAUGUCAAGACCGGAGACGCUUUUCGACAUAAGCUAUUUCCGGAAGAACCCCAGACCAUUUGCAGAACGAUCUCUCGAAAUGCUUCCAGGCAAAUUUCAGCCGACUUUGACUUAUGAUAAGCAAAUACUAAAUUCAUUGUAUGGGAGCUGAGGUAGUAGUUAGACAGCCACCACAGGUCUCCCCAUUUCCUUUCUCCGUUGUCGUUUUUAUUUCUUGGAUUUUCGUAUUCCUAUCAUGUAUUCACGACUGCAUGAGCAGGCUCACUUAAAUUCGACGACUGCGAGAGCAAGUUCUUUCCGCAGCAUCUCUAAGUAACGCACUUCUUUCUCUCGCUGUUGAUGCAAAAGGGUCUCUUGCAACGAGUGUAUACCCAGAAUAUCGAUACGCUAGAGAAGUUGGCCGGCUUACCUGACGAGAUGGUUGUCUACGCUCACGGAUCAUUUGCCGAUGUUCAUUGCAUCGAGUGCAGACGGCAGGUUCGACUAGACGAUUGGCGCGCAAAAAUAGAGAAGCAUGAGAUUCCACGGUAUUGAAAUAAGUUUGGAAAUCAUUUACAUUCGCUCGAUCCAUUUUUUGCUCUUUUAUAAUGUUGCUCUUUUACAAGAUCAUUUAAGAUCAUCAUGAUACGCAGGUGCCUCGGUCCCCCGCAGCGACCACGUCGCGGCAGUAAAGCCUCUUCGUCUUCCAGCAAACGUGACCACAGUGAUGAGGAGGACCACGUGGAUUCGUCUUUGUCUCCGUCUCCAAAGGAUGAAAGAGGGGAGAAGAUAUACGUCCACGAUGGUGUCGAUAGGAGACAGUAUUGCGCUGGUCUGGUCAAGCCGGAUAUUGUCUUUUUCUUACGGCUAGCUAUCGCUGAAGCAUCCUCAGCACCAUGAUUCCCGGCUCUUUUUCAACCUGUACAUACAUACUUACUUGAAAAUAGAGCCAACAAGGAUGGGUCCAGGGAUGCGGCUGCGAUAGCUCUAAGUUUUGGGGAAAAUCUGCCGCCACGUUUUGGCGCUAUGAGGAGGAAGGACUUUGAAGCCGCAGACGCAUUGAUCGUGAUGGGAACAAGUUUGAAGGUUUCGCCGUUUAAUACCUGCAUUACCCUUAUGGCAAAUAGACAUAGAGUUCUUAGAUAAAUUAGCUUUGCACGACAGAGACUUCUGAGACCACUCCGUUACUGAAAUUACUAAGGAAAAACAAGGAAGAUCAUGAUAGUGCUCCAAAUCAUGAUAGUGCUCCAAACCUAGAAUUGUAGAUGAAGAGCCUAUUUUUUCCAUACAACAAGGAAGGAGACCUACAGCUUUCAUCAUCUUUGUUGAUGAGCAGCAUUUUUUGUUGGGUCGUCCACCUCUAAGAGUUUGCCAUUAAAGAACGGGGGUCGCGGGGUCCGCGUGCUGGUGAACAAUGAAGCGGUCGGCACAGCAGAGGAGCAGCCAUUGCUGGGACCGAGAGCUUUUCAAUUUUCGCACCCAAAAAAUUUUCGAGACUUGUUCCUAGAAGGUGCUUGCGACGAACAAGUUCUCGAGAUGUGUCACGAACUAGGGUGGACCGACGAGCUAAAAGCUUUACAGAAAAGCUGCAGUAGUCAGGAUGGUAAUGGUUGGAAAACCAUGGUUGAUCAUCAAGCAUCCGGGGAAGGACUAGAAUUCAAAAUACGGGAAUGACAAUGACUUCUGGCCUCCUCAUGUAAGUGUCACUAAGUACUUUCAUGGGAGAAUUUGUACUAUCCGAUUCACAUUUCAGCACCCAUUUUUGGAAAAGCACAUAUAGUGAGAAGAAACGGAGGACAUCAUAAUACAGAAGACCUACCAACCCCUUUGUUCCUUCUCUUUCUGAUCUAAUUCGAAUGGGCUUAGUGUCUCGCUCUCGUCUGGUGUUGACUUGUUCACCUACUUAAAUAUUAUUUCUCACCUUCUCCAUAUGGAAUGCCGACACGCAUUCGUCAGCUUCCCCCUGGCCUCACUCAAACAUCUUCCUCUUCUACCCGGUAUGAGUACCUAAGUUUUACGCACCCGCGUCCUCUCUGGAGUGUUAUUCCAUACGGAGGAAGAGUUUCGUCCACCUAUUUUUUGCUUUUAUCCAGUGGAACUUCA